UUUGUUAUGGCUGGCGAAGAUGGCCACAGACUUCAUAAGAAAAUGUUGUGGGAGAGUGUUUGGUUGCCUAUCAUUUAAUAGAACCGCUAAUGAAACUUCAAGGGUGCCGUUAUUGAGAUCUCGGCCUGGUCACCAUGGCGGACAUAAUGAAGUCUCUAAUAAAGAUUAUGAGAGUUUAGAUUAUGAUCGAUGUUGGAACAAACCUUAUUUAGAUUAUAGAGAAAAAUACGAAAAACAGCAUAGUGAUAGAAAGCUAGAAAUUCUUCAAUGGGUUAUGACAUUUGCCAUUGGUUUCCUAACAGGGAUGGUUGCCCUGUAUAUUGAUCUGAUUGUUAAACUUUUAUCUGAUUGGAAAUUUGGAACAGUUGAUAAAUCUAUAUUACAGUGUUCUAAAGAUGGGUGUUUAGUUAUCUCCCUUCUCUAUUUGUUAUUAUUUAAUGUUGCAUUUGUUACUGUUGCUGCUUGUUUAACUAUAUAUGAGCCAGUUGCUGGGGGUUCGGGUAUUCCUGAGAUUAAAUGUUACUUAAAUGGUAUUAAAAUUCCACGUAUUGCAAGACUACAGACUUUAGUUGCGAAAUCCGUUGGAGUUUUAUUUAGUGUAGCCGGAGGUUUAUUUGUUGGUAAAGAAGGUCCGAUGAUCCACAGUGGCGCCAUCAUAGGCUCGGGACUCCCACAACUUCAAAGUAUAACUUUAAAGAAGAUUAACUCCAAAUAUUCUUACUUUAGAACAGACAGAGAUAAAAGAGAUUUCGUGUCUGGAGGUGCUGCUGCUGGUGUUGCAGCUGCGUUUGGUGCCCCUAUUGGCGGGGUUCUGUUUAGUCUGGAAGAAGGUUCCUCAUUUUGGAACCAAAAACUAACAUGGCGAACGUUCUUCUGCUCUAUGGCGGCUACUUUCUCGUUAAAUUUCUUCCUGUCUGGAAUUGAUUCUAACAGUUGGGGAUAUUUCUAUUUACCUGGACUGAUUGAUUUCGGCACUUUUGAGUGUCAGAGUGAGGCGACUACAGGUUGUCAUCUAUGGAGUGCCGUAGAUCUGUUUAUAUUUGUUAUAAUGGGGUUUAUUGGUGGGUGUCUUGGUGCUAUAUUCAACACAUUAAAUAAAUCCUUGUCUUUACAUCGUAUGAUUAACGUUAAUCCUAAACAUAAAAUAUUCAGAUUACUUGAAGCUAUUCUGGUGGCUAUGGUUACCACAACGAUUGCAUUUGUUUCCGCCAUGACAUUAGGCCAGUGUAGAAAAAUCCCAUUAAAGCCAUCUAUUAUUAAUUCAACUCGAUCAUCUGUAGAGUUGACAGUCAGGGAUUAUUUCUGUGACGAUGGUUACUAUAACGACAUGGCCACGUUAUUCUUUAAUCCACAGGAAGUAGCCAUAAAACAAUUAUUCCAUCAAGCAGGUACCUUUAGUAUGCCAUCACUUGCCAUCUUCUUCAUCUUAUUCUUCUUCUUGGCUUGUUGGACGUAUGGCGUAUCUGUACCAAGUGGGUUGUUCGUACCUUCAUUAUUAUGUGGGGCAGCUUAUGGACGAUUUGUAGCCCUUUUCUUAGAACAGGUAUUUGGUUAUAAAACUGUGUACUCUGGGACAUAUGCUCUUGUUGGUGCUGCUGCUUUUCUUGGUGGAGUUGUUAGAAUGACUAUCAGUUUGACAGUUAUACUUAUAGAAUCUACUAAUGAAAUCAGUUAUGGCUUACCGAUCAUGCUGGUGCUGAUGGUAGCUAAAUGGUCAGGUGAUCUGUUUAAUGAAGGUCUGUAUGAUAUUCACAUUAAUUUAAAGAGUGUACCUUUAUUAGAGUGGGAUCCACCAACAGAAGCUGCCAGGAUGAAAGCUAAUGCUAUAAUGGACAGUCGAUUGAAAGUAGUAUUCCCACAAACGAGAGUUGCCUCCCUUAUACGACUAUUAAAGACCACCGCCCAUAACGUGUUCCCAGUAGUGACCGCAGCCCGCGAUGAUUGUUCAGCCGUGACGUUGGUGGGUCCAUCACAAGAAGCAGAUCUUCAAGAGCAAGAUGACGUUGAAUGUUUUGUUAAUCAAAAUAAUUCUAACCAAGGCGGUGACGGAAAUCCUAUAGAACUCCUCCAAAGGAAUUUACCGAUGAAGUUUGAAGGAAUGAUAUUACGAUCACAGUUGGUUACGUUACUCAAGAAACAUGCUUGGUAUAGAGAAAAUGUUCAGGAACCACCACGUGAUACAGUUAGUUAUGAAGAAUUUAUCAUGGACUAUCCACGAUAUCCUGAUAUAUACGAUCUGGAUAUUCCAACUUUAGAUGGAGAAGCGUUGGUUGACGUUGGAGCUUACUUAAACCCAUGUCCAUAUACUGUGUAUCCUGAAGCAACAGUAUCCCAGGUCUUUCAUUUAUUUCGAGGAAUGGGUCUUCGUCAUUUACCAGUAGUGUGCCAUAAAGGAGAGUUGAAGGGGAUAAUAACUAGACACAACCUCACUCAUGAAUUCCUCGAAGAAAAAAUUCACGAACAGAACCAGGAUGAUUAAUUUGUUUUUAUUUUAUAUUUGUUAAAGAUACAUUAUGGGAGAUUAGAUAAAGAGCUGGCAGUUUUCACUAUAAUAGUUAAAAACUCGAUAAUGUAAAGGGAAUUUGCUGAAAAUUUCACUCAAAUUGAUCCACUAUGAACCGAGAAUUUAGCGACUGAAUUUUGGGCCUAGCCUCGAUUAUCAUUACUAAAGUCGGUAUGAUAAAAAAAAAUAGUCUCGAUUAUACAUUUUUUUUUUUAAAUCAUCGAUGAGCGUUGAGCAGCAGAUCGGAUUGUAAUCCAGUAAAUAUCGUAGACUAUCGAUGACACCGAGAGUUGAUCAUGGUCUGGAUAAGUUAAUUAAUGACUUAUCAAUAAUUUAGAUAGCAUUUCAGGCCUAAAGAAAGACCUGCUUUAGGCAGGUUUAGCUCUUGCAUAAUGUAUGUUUAAAUGAAGAUCAAUCGUUUUAUGUUUUUUUUUUAUAUUGGUUGAUCCGGAAUUCGGAUAUUCACUGUACACACAAGAAACUUACAUCGAUAUAUUAUAAACUAAUGUCCAAAAGAAUGUAUACGCCAUUCAUUUCGUGCUGCAUGAACAAAAGUCGUUUUCGCAUGGUAUGCGGUAUUUGGGUAGGCCAACAAUGUCAAUUUGUUUCACAUUUUUUUUUUUUUUGUUUAGAAAUGUUGAGUUUGGACGCAAGAGAAUCAGUAAUGUUUUAUCAGAAGUUUUUAAUCCAAACAAAACUUAGUAUUAUUUUUAGUGUGUUUACUUUCUUUUGGACAGUAUUUCGUUUUGCCAUUCCCCCGAGCAGAGUUGUCUUCUCUUGCAGAGGUUGAUCACUCCUGGCCUAAAAACAUGGAUACCUAAAUGGAAGUUGUUUGUUGAUCAGAAUGUAAAAAUAUCAUUUAUAAAAUUG